ACGCGUGUGCUCACUCUCUCAGGCCGGCUUUAAAUUCUUGACAAUCCACUCCAGGAAUUUACCUGACUACAGAGUGACACAGACAGAGAUCCAUCCGGAUCACGCCGACUGCUUAUUCUCUCUUUUUCGGAUCAGAAAUGGCUUCGGAUCGGAAGAUAUACAAGUUCAAAGAGGUCGAGACGCACAACAAAACCAAGGAUUGCUGGCUUAUUAUUUCUGGCAAGGUUUAUGAUGUAACCCCAUUUAUGGAGGAUCAUCCUGGAGGUGACGAGGUUCUACUGUCAUCGACUGGGAAGGAUGCAACAAAUGAUUUUGAAGAUGUGGGCCACAGUGACAAUGCUAGAGAUAUGAUGGAUCAAUAUUGCAUUGGCGAGAUCGAUGGAAAAACUGUUCCGGAAAAACGCAAUUACAUUCCUGCACAGACACCCGCUUACAAUCAGGAUAAGACGCCCGAAUUUGUUGUCAAGGUCUUACAGUUUCUGGUACCCCUCUUGAUCUUGGGCUUGGCCUUUGCAGUACGUCACUUCACCAAGAAAGAAUAGAUGAAGAUUGGAGUGAAAAUUCUGUCCGUGAGGGGCAAUGUUUAUCGUUUGUGUUUUUCUUCACCCAAAUUAAAGAUACAGUGAUGGUGGUGAACUUUUUUUUUUUGAAGAAAAUAUUGGAUAAUAAGCAGGGACUUGGUGGCUUUUUUUUCCCCUCUCA